CGCUGAUUGGACAGCGCCGGUGUGUCGUCAUCUCCUCAAACAAACAAACUAGCAACAGUUGGAAGGAGGAACAGAGGGAAACUGCGCUGGAGACAUGUGGAGAAAAGUACUUGUAUAAAGUCGCACUGGGCAGUUUGCGUCCGUGCACUGGUCGACCCGGUUAAAACAGCGCUGAGGCCGGAGGAACAGCUGUGAUCACAAGAUGAAUUUCUCUGAGGUCUUCAAGCAAACCAACCAACUUUGUAAAGUUUCCCGAGAUGGGAAAUAUUUGGCUACCUGUGUGCAGUACAGACUGGUGGUGCGAGAUGUGAGCACCCUGCAGAUCCUGCAGCUCUACACCUGCCUGGACCAGAUAUCCCACAUGGACUGGUCUUCUGACUCUCUCUUUAUUCUCUGCGCUAUGUACAAGAGAGGACUGGUACAGGUAUGGUCUCUUGAACAGCCGGACUGGCACUGUAAGAUUGAUGAGGGCUCAAUAGGUUUAGUCUCCUCGCGCUGGAGUCCAGACGGACGUCACAUUCUCAACACCACUGAGUUCCAUCUGAGAGUCACCGUCUGGUCCCUGUGCACUAAAGCUGUGUCUUACAUCAAGUAUCCCAAAGCAUGUCAGAAGGGUAUAGAUUUUAGUAAAGAUGGCUGCUAUUUGGCCUUGGCUGAACGCCGUGACUGCAAAGACUAUGUCAGUGUCUUUGUGUGUGACGACUGGCAUUUACUCAGGCAUUUUGAGACUGAGACGCAGGACCUAGCAGGGUUGGAGUGGUCUCCCAAUGGCUGUGUGCUGGCAGUGUGGGACAGCUGUCUGGAGUACAAAGUGCUGCUGUAUUCCCUGGAUGGCCGAUUGCUGUCUAUGUAUAGCGCCUAUGAGUGGUCGUUGGGCAUCAAGUCAGUGACCUGGAGCCCCAGCAGCCAGUUCCUGGCCAUCGGCAGCUAUGAUGAAAAAGUGCGUAUCCUCAAUCACAUCACAUGGAAGAAGAUCACACAGUUUGACCACCCUGUAACCAUCAACAGUACUAAAGCUGUUGUGUAUAAGGAAGUGCAGAGAACGCCAGCUGCUGGAAGUGAUGACCUGUCGAUACACAACAUCACAAUUGGCAGCACCCUCUUUAACACACAGAGCAAAUAUGAGAUCUGCCCACUGCCAGUCCAAAUUCCUGUGGUCAAACCAGACCCAGACCGAGCCAACCCCAAGAUCGGAGUCUCUUCCUUGGCAUUCAGCUCAGACAGUCGAUAUCUAGCUACCAAAAAUGAUAAUAUGGCCAGUGUUGUCUGGGUGUGGGACAUGCAGAGGAUGAGCCUGGAGGCCGUGCUGGAGCAGACAUCAGCCGUGCGCUGCUUCCAGUGGGACCCUCGACGCCCCCGACUGGCACUGUGUACAGCCAACACCAAACUCUACCUCUGGUCACCAUCAGGCUGCGUUUCUGUCCAAGUCCCCACGGAAGGUGGUUUCCAGGUCCAUUCCCUGAGCUGGCACUGCAGUGGAGACUCUCUGAUCCUGCUAGGAAAGGAGCAGCUGUGUUUGUGCUUCAUGGACACUGACCAGGAAGACACACAAAAACACAGGGAUAAAGAAUGACUGAAUCACAGUUCAGACUUAUGUAGCCACAAGCACUUGUCCGGGAAUGUGUUAUGGUGAUGACCAAAAGACUGUUAAAAACACUCCUCCUCUAAAUCCUACUUUUCCUGUUUUUAACUGUACCAGCUCACCAAGCUCUUAAGGCUCUCGGUGCAGGUUACUGAGAUGUUCCUUUUCUUGUUGAGUUGAAAAUAUUUUGGAUACAUUUUUUAAAUAGAUACAUUUGUACUGAAGCACUAGUUCCAGCCACUGUGAGAAGAUAGAUGUUUACAAGGUUUGAUAGCUUUCUCUAUACUUUUAGUUUAACCUCUUUUGUAUGAAAGUCUUAACUAUUUUCAAUAAAUUUGUCAUAAGCAAUAAACCUUAAAGUGAGAUAAUAAAAUGUUGUGCAUCAUAA